CUACUUCCUGACCAGUGUAAAGUUCAGUUGUGACAGACUGACUGGUUAGAUAUUUGUUAGGUCUGAGAUGUUAAGUUGAAAGAGUAAGCCUAGUUGAAAAAAGACCUGCCAGGCAUGAAGUGUGGUAUGUUCUACUGCAUGCAACUGCACUUUUGAGGAUAUAAAAGCCUAAUUUCUUCUCAGGUUAAGACUUGGGCUAAUAUAACGUUACAGGUUUGCUACACUGAAUGAACACAAACGAGCACAUGACAUUAUGCAGGAAUCAAUUGGAUCGAUUGUGAAUUUACUAGAAUCAUACAGAGGAAGAGACAAGGUGGUCCGAACACUCUGCUAUGGCUCCCAGCUGGUUGGAGGCGUUCUUUCCCAGAAGACUGCAGGGUCGUCUGAAAUCGGAAAGAGUCUUAUGUUGUUUUCAGCACAGCUCAGCCACUGCAGAACUGUCCUGAGGCUUUUCGACGACCUCUCCAUGGUUGCCUACUCGAGGAAUUAUGGAUUAGGAAACAGGGAGGAGGACAGUAUAGUCCGAUGUAUGUCAGUUCUUAACAAUGUUGCGGAUCAGCUGUACUACCCAUGUGAACACGUUGCCUGGGCUGCAGAUGCAGAGUUGAUCAAGGUCAAGUCAGACAAAUGGUGGACUCUGAGUACACUACUUUGGGCCUCAUCUUUGCUACUAGGAGCCCUCAGAUCAAUUAGAAUCAUCGUUCUGCUUAGGAGAAAGCUGCGUAAAAGCCGAAGAACAGCACAGGAAAAUGUCAGUGAAAGACUGGCCAUGCAGAGAGAGUGUCAACAACAAAUGAAGAUGGAGUUCCUGGGUAUUCUCAGCUCCCUGGCAGACCUUAGCAAUGCCAUACACUGGAUGCCCCCUGGUAUUCUCUGGGCAGGACGCUUCCCCAACUGGCUUGUGGGACUGAUGGGCACAGUCUCAUCUUUCAUUGGCUUGUAUCAGAUGAGCUCAAGUGAUGGUGAACAUGAAGCGACUUCUUGACUUCUUGAUACAACUAACUCUAACAAACAAACAAAAAAAAGAAAAGAAAACUUUCUUUAUUUCUUAAAAAAAAUCUUAAUUUUGCACUCCAAAUUUUCACUGAGAUGCCUUUUUGAGAUGGAAAAUGACUUGUAAAUUGUACUUAUUAAUUACCUGUAGAUUUUUGUCAAUUGAACAGUAACCUAAUGUCCAUUGAAUGUAACCUCUGCAUCUUAUAUAUAUGGAGUCCUAGAGUUAAGACUUUAGAAACUUUAAGCCUUUAGAUUCUUUGUCAAUAUGAGCCCUGCCUUGACCAUGGUCAUGAUGAUUUCAGUUAUGUAGCAAUUGCUCUGUCUCUAUCAAAUCAUUUUAUAGAGAAGUUUACAUCUAUGGCCAGUUGAAUGGACAGUUUGGCUACAGUGGGAUUUUUCUGCAUUGCUUUGUAUUUGUAAUUUAUGCUUUGGCUGUUAAUUAUACUGUUGACAUUGAAUAAAGACAGUGUUAUUUAGAAUGAG